AUGAAAAUCCAUCACCUCAUCAAUAUUUCUCACUAUUUGCUCCUUUCGUUGUGCUUAUUGGGUAUUGGACUUGCAACCAGUACUGCUGUGAAACCGAAAUCAGUGUGCAUUGAGGAAGAAAGGAAAGCACUUGUGAGCUUCAAACAAGAUCUUACUGAUCCCUCUGGUAGGCUUUCUUCUUGGGCGGGUCAUGAUUGCUGCCGCUGGGAAGGGAUUUCAUGCGACAACCGCACCGGUCAUGUUUCCCAUAUGGAUCUCCGCAAUACAUAUUACGAGUCCACGACUGAUGAAGCGUGGGACGAGUUGGCUUUUAAGCAGUCUGGCUUGUGGGGUAAGAUAAAUCCUUCUUUGCUUAGCUUGAAACACUUGCAUUACUUGGACUUAAGUUGGAAUAAUUUUGAAGGGAUCCACAUUCCUAACUUCUUUGGAGAGCUUAAAACUCUGAGGUAUCUCAAUAUCUCCUUUGCAGAGUUUGAGGGAGAGAUUCCCCCUUCUCUUGGUAACUUAUCAAAUUUGAACUCUCUUCAUGUCGGUGGUUCAUAUCUCUCUUCCACAAACUUGAAUUGGCUUUCUCAUCUCUCUUCCCUAAAAUACCUCAAUCUCAUUGGAGUGGAUCUUCAUAGCAACACAAAUUGGCUGCAUGUUGUUAACAUGCUUCCUUCCUUACUUGAGUUACACUUAUCUAAAUGUGGAUUAGUAAGCCAUCCACUAUCUCUACAGAGGAUUAACUUCACCUCACUUUCGGUCCUUGAUCUUUCAUUUAAUGAUUUCAAUACUUCUUCAUUUCCCAGCUGGAUUUUCAAUCUUACUAGCCUCAAAAGACUUGAUCUAGGAGGGAAUUCUUUCAGUGCUCAUUUUCCAAAUGAAUUUGGUAACCUCAAAUCUCUUGAAUACCUAGAUUUAUCUCAGUCCAGGCUCAAAGGGAGUCCCAUAAACCAGUAUAAGAACAAAUUUGAAUUGAAACCCUGUAGUAAAAGAACGAACAUAUCUUUAAACAGAGCUACUCAAAUAGCAGCAUAUCCUGCUUACCAAAACAGAGCUAUCCUAAACCCUGUAACAAAAGAACCAGCAUAUCCAAAUACCGAUUUUCAGGGUUCACCAACUAAUUUUUUAAUAACCAAAUAG